CAUCAACAAUAGUGAUAAGCUUCUUCUUCUGGAAAAAAACCAGAGGCCGUCUCACUCUCUCGCUACAUGGAGAGUCUCUCGAUUCCCGCCGCUUCUUGGUUUUCCGGCGGAACCAUUCCUCCGACGAAGGUGAGAGUUUCUCCGCCGCAUCAUCUCCGGCGACCUCCCAACAGGAAUUCCCAUCGCUUGGCCGCCAUUAAUGCCGCUUCUCGCUCUGUGAGUGAGCUAGUGGAGGAGGAUGUGUUGCAAAUGUUCAUGAAAGACAGAGAAGAAAAUGGAGAUUUCAUAUCUAAAGUUUCUGAUAGGCUCUGGUUAAAGGAGAUUCUCGAAUCUAUUGAUGUUAAUUCCAAUGGAGCUUCUUCUUCAGCUGUUGAACUAGAUGAUACUCGGGAAAGCUUGAUAGAUGGCGCUGAUGAUGAUGAAAGUGGUUUCUUGAAACUUAAACCGACACAAGAAUGGAUUGGUUGGGAGAGUGAUUCUGCCCCCAUGAAUAAGAAAGCUCUAGCUAAGGCACUACGAGAUGACAGCGAGAGAAGGAAGAAGUUUAACUUUCUGAAAUAUGAAGCUCUGAAGCGUGAACUCAUGUACCUGUCGAUUGUAAUUGGAACUGGAUGCAGCGGAUACUGUUUACUAGCUUUAUCAGUUCAGGCUGCAGUCAGUUAUGCAGUUGGGGUUCUAUUCAGUUGCUUGUACCUUCAGCUUUUGUAUGGAUACGCUGAUGGUCUAUCACGUGAAGCUGUUCCUGAUAUCUUCCUGAAAAAAAAGUCUAAAAAAAUCGGGAUCAGAAGUGAAGACCUUGAGGACUUUGUAGUGAGGACAAUCAGGGGCAGUGGCAUGGCUCUCUCUUCUCCACGCUUGGUGAUACCAGCUGCAAUUUAUGGUUUGUGGAUACUCUCUCACAAGUAUUUCCAGAACGACUUGUUCGACUUUCAGAUAGUUCCAGCAAUGGUUGGUUUGUUUGUAUACAAAGCUGCAACUCUCGUUCAAGUGUACAGAGACAACCAAGAUCUUCAGUUCAUCUUCCCAGAUGACUACUAACUGCAAAGUUCACAAGCGGCCUUCCGAGAUAGACCAGGAAACCACAGAAUUGUGAAUUGUUCGGUACAUAUUUUGAGAGAGGAACAGGAACAGAAGCUAGACUCAUCCGCUAAGACCGAGGAUAUAGUGAGUUAUAGAUCAAAACGGCGUUUUUCGGCUUUUUUUCAAAAGCAAAGCAACCUCUUCUAUUUUUUAAAACAUUCUGGGUUACUUUUCUAACGAAAACAAUAAUACAAUGUUUAUAUGCAUGACUUGAAUGAGUUUACAAUAAACUAUAUUGGAUUUUGCUUCUUUCUUUAAUAUUUUAUCAAAAGUAAGAUCAGAGGCAGCAGAGGCAGCUUCGAGAGUACGAGAAAUUUGGUUGUUUAUGGAUCUACAAUAAAGGAUCGUAGCUUGUAGCUUGUUAAAAAGCCUAGUUCCUGUUCCUCUCUACAAGCUAGAGAUCCUUUACAAGUAGAACCAUAAACAACCAAGAAAAAGAUCAGAGACAUUCUAUCGACUCUUCUCUUUGCCUUCUUAUGGAGAUGAUGUUGUGGUGUCUCCUGCUUACAGCAUCUCCUAGUUCCUCCCCAUUCAUCAAAUCAUGCAUAUAAACAUUGUGGUAAAAACCCUAGUUCCUUAUUGUUUUCGUUAGAAAGUAGUAACCCAAAGUGUUUUUAAAACAUGGUCAAAACUUAUUUUACUCUUAGUAACUAAAUGUCUUCUUCUGUUCUCUCCUCUUUAUGCAAAUUAUACAGUUCCCUGAUAUUCAUUUUACUCCUACAUC